CUUUUCUUUUUCGACCGACAUUCGGAUAAAAUAAGAUGAUUAUGGUAACCUAAAGUCGAUACAGAUAUUCUUGCCCAAAUUCGCGAUCUGCAAUCAGUUAUUGAUGACUUUGAGAAACACGGACACAGUUUCGGAGAAUUAUCAGACACACAACAAAAGGUUCAGGUACACGACGAACCAGAUGUGAGCAUAGAAGGUUCAGAAAAUAUCGAUUACCCUAUCGAUGAGAAAACACUAGUGGAAGAUAUGCAUGGAGAAACACCAACGGAUGAAUGGCACAUCGAAGAGAAACAGCUUGCGCCUGCAUUAUCUCAAAUAACGUUCCGCUUUUCAGACGACUUUUCUUCUUUGGCGGACCACUUGGCUCAGUUCUCGAUAGACUAUCAGCAAAUGCAUGCAACCACAGACCAACAGGAGGAGGAACCAAAACGGGACGUACAAAUACAUGCGGAUCCUGUCAUACGAAUUUUUGCUGACAGAGAGACCAGUGAUACUGAGGAAUCGCAAUCUACAAUUGAUACGCCCGGAAUGUCGCCAAAGACCGUGCCAAGAAACACAUCAUGUAAAUUCAUUCCGCUCAGACGUCGCAAGGAGCAUAACGCACAACAACCUAUGCAGUACCAUGCACGUUCGUAUACUGAAAUGAUGCGAAUUACAGACACCAAGGAACGCAUAGCAUUCUAUGAGCGAACCUGCGAUCAGUGUUUGCAUGCCGAAUCAAAGUUAUCUUCUUGGAUCAAGCGACAGAAAGAAAAAGGCCUACCGACACCAUUAACAGAAGGGUAUCAGCCACCACCACGAUUGCCAUGUGAGGAAACACCUGUUUCUAUUCGGUCGAGCCAUUUUGCAAACAUGAGCCGAUCUUUCAGUGGAUCGGUGAGUAUGAUCUGGCGAAAAGCUUCCAAGAACGGAUUAAGCGAUCCUCUUCGACCGCGCGACCAAAAAGGCCUAUUUUCGGGCUCCAGCAGUCGUCUCUCACUUGCACGUGCUGCGCAUCCUCCCCGGGUAUCGCCUGCAUAUAUUAAACCUUUUCAUGAUAUUCAGCGACUGCCAGUUAAAAGCAAAAGCACGUCGUCCGGACUAACACCUCUCAAUAUGAGCUUAUUGCAUCGCAACUACAGCUUGCAGUCGGCAAGCCCACUUUCAGCUACCCUUCACACGCCUCAUUCAUAUUCAUCCUUGCGUUCCAGAUCCAGUACUCAGUCAAUUAGAGAGCGUUACUAUACUCCUACAACGUCCACUAAUCCUUUGGAAGAAAUGUGCAUCGCACUGCCUCAUAUUCAUCGAAGCGUUUUGCAAGGUUACCUGGCAGAAGCCAACGGAGAUCCCAUGCUCGGAAUUACACUUGCCGUCCGACAGCUAAAAACAAUUUCCUCUUCUACAUCAAGACAAAGCAUCCCUAUCCAGUAAAAAAAAAAAAGCCUGAUCGAAAUAAACGUACUAUCCGGACAAUUUGUUUUGCAAAUCCAUGCAGAAACCAGUGGCUGUAACGCAGAGGAUGCUUAAUGUAUUCAGGGAAACCACGUCAGUAACAAAGUUUUGAAACUCACA